UUCUGUCGCCACCUGAUUCUUCGUCGAACAAACUACGUUUUUGUAAGUGAAAAGAGUGCUGCAACCAGCAAAGCAGGGCUGUAGCAGCGGUUGGUGUGUAGCUCUAGCAGCGGUAGUGCUACCGUUGGUUGGAAAAUUACCGACUACCCUCAGAGCAUUGCAUCCACAGAGUUGCAUCGGUUGAUGGUAGACAUAUAAGUAUUGGCAGAUGGUCACGCGUGAAACGUGUACAGGGUAGAAACGUAUAGAUAGGUUUUGGAAAAUGCCACUGAACACAUCAUUCUUAUUUUGUGUUCUAGUAGACGUUGACGUUUUGCAAAACCUGCAUCAAAUAAAUAAAUAAUAACUGAGCAGUUUGAAACCUUGUGAAAUAUGAACGCGAAUAAUGAAAAGGGCGGAACUUCCGUCCUCGUCAGAAGGGUGGAUAAGCUUCUAGAAUCUCGUCUGGAUAAUGACAAGGAAACAUUGGAAGCGCUCAAAGAAUUGUCGACCUUUUUUACCGAGAAUACUCUGAACGCUAGGAGAAAUCUUAGGAGUAAAAUAGAAAGGAGAAGUUUACUCAUAAAUGAAGACUUCGUGUCCGCUUUCAGAGAAGUAAAGUCAGCUCUGGAUGGAAUAUACGACGAUGUAGUGGCUAUGAAUACCUCGGUUCAAACUAUGACCAAUCAGCUCCAAACAACCAAGACACAAACAUUCCAAUUGAUCGACCAGACAACGAAAUUACAAAACGAAAGCAAAAAAUUAUGUAUGCAACAGGAUAUCGCCAAUGCAUUUAUAAAAAACUUUCAAUUAACACCAGCCGAACUUGCGAUACUGCACGGCCCGUCUCGAGAAACUCCUAUAACGAGCGAUUUUUUCGUCGUCGUCGAUCGCGUGCAGGAAAUACAUGGCAACUGUCGAAUCCUGAUGCAAUCGGGAUAUCAAACAUUGGCAUUGGACGUUAUGCAAAGAAUGACUUUACUCCAAGAAGCCGCUCUGGAGAGAUUGUAUCGCUGGACACAGAGCCAAUGCAGACACAUAGAAAACGAGUUGCUGGCCCCUCUCCUAAUCAAAGCAAUGAGCAAACUAGAAGAUCGCCCUGUUCUCUACAAGUACGUACUAGACGAGUACUGCACUGCCAGAAGAUCGAUCUUGGUAGGAUCAUUCAUAGAUGCACUGACGCUGGGUGAUGGUUUUGGAGGAAGUUCCAAUCCCAUAGAAAUGCACGCCCACGAUCCAAAGCGAUAUGUCGGAGAUAUGCUCGCGUGGUUACAUCAAGCGAUACCGGUUGAGAAAGAGAACAUUCUAACGCUGGUCAAAGCCUGCGACAAAUCAGAUGUAUCCGAUCAGAUCAAACAGGCGCUUGGCAACAUAACGGAAGGCCUCUGCCACCCUCUGAAAUCGCGAGUGGAGCAUAUCCUCGCCGUCGAAGCUCCGGCCACCGUUUUAUACUCGGUCACGACACUGAUAAGAUUUUACCAAUCGAUAAUAACGCAGGUCGUACCCGACAGCGUGUUGACCACCACCCUCAACGACCUUCUCGAGCAAAGCGAUCGUAGUUUUGUUACCAGACUUCAAAGAGAGACGCGAGCUGCGUUGGGAGAUCGCGCCGAUCCGCCGGGCACCGAUCUCGUCCCCGCACCGUCGGUGUCCAGGCUGUUGUCUCUGCUCAAUGAAGUCCUAUCUGUCGCGAGCAUAGCCGAAGAGCGAGAAAAGGACAUGCUGCAAAUUGUGUCUUGCGUGAUCGAUCCGUUACUGCAAGAAGUCAACGAGACCGCAUCCAGACUUCCUACUGUCGACAUGGCGGUGUAUCUUCUGAAUUGUAUGCAUCAGAUACAGUCUACGUUGGCGUUAUACGAGUACAUGGAUCAGAGACUCGAGAGAUUGCAGGCUCAAGCGGACGCGCAGAUCGACACGUUGACUUCGGAACAAGCCAGUUCACUGGUGGCGAAUUUGAAUCUAGGACCGAUCUACACGAUUUUGCAAGGACGGGAGCAAGGUCCGUUGUCUUCCAUUCCUGGCAUGGACCCUCUCAGCGUAAAAGAAUUCACGAACAAGUUGGAAGCAUUUUUGGUGAUGCCGGAUAUACUGUUGCUGCCACAGAUAAGCCUCUUGCAGAGCAAUACACACAGGACCGUAACCCAGAAACGAUCGUUCGAAGUGAUCGGAGCAAUUUACAAACAAUUGUACGAUGCAUGUCAUAACCCGAAAAAUAAUUAUCAAAAUCCCAACAGCCUCUUCACGAAAACCCCUGAAGAACUGCUGAAAGCGUUGGUCUCCUAACAUUAUCGUAUGCAAACUUGAGACGGAAGUAAAAUAUUUUCAGCAUACCAA